GAAGACUGCGCAGUGGGAAAAACAUUUGCACAUGCGCAUCCAGUCGCUUGUAUUAAAUGGAGGCUGUUUGAAAAGUCUGUAACGUUACUAUGACAAAUGAUUGAAAACAUGCCAUAAUAUUGCAUUAACCUGGUAGGUACGACAGAUAAGAGCGGACACUAUGGACUGUAGUGCCGAUGGUGCUGAGGAAGUGGAGCCAGAGAGGUCCUCAUCUCCAACUGAAACACAGUCUCCUGUAAUGGACCGCAAUCCAUCACCCCCUCCAAAAGCAGGCGAUGGAGAGGAGGACGGAGAUUUGGAUGCCAUUGGAGACACUGUUUACAGCAAACACUGGCUUUUCAGCACCCUGACUCGUCUCAUCCAUAUGGUCACAGAGCAUUCGGAGGUUGACUCCGAAGGUCAGAUGCAACUCCCUGAUGAUGAUGAGGAAGAUCUAUGUAGAGUCUGGGAUAUGGCAAUGGAUAAGGAUGUGGCUGGUUUUCUGCAGGAAUUCAAAGCUACAGAAAUCCUUCUUGGGGUGAUAGCCAAAUCUCGUUGUCCACGUCUCACGGAAAUUUGUGUGGGAAUCCUCGGGAACAUUGCUUGUUUUCCUGACACUUGUGUGACUCUAAGCCAAAAUGAAGACCUAGGUGCUGUUGCUCUUCUUGGAGAUACAGAUCCUCCAACCAUUCUGGAAACGAGCAGAUUGUUGCUGACCUGCAUCUCUCAGAAAGAUGUCUGUUCACUGUGGCUUCAGCGAAUACGACAGCGGACGUCUGUGCGCUCCAACCUCCUUUUCGUUAUGUGCAGUUCCACAAACACGGACCUGCUUGAGAAAGUUGGGGAGCUGGUUGAUAAACUGUUUGACCUUGAUGAAGAGCUGAUGACGAGUUGGAUAACAGCUCAACAAAAUGAGGAAGAGAAGGAGGGGGAUGCUGAGAGACAUCUGGAGGUGGCAUUUUGUCUUCUGGAGGCAGCCAAGCAGCUAAGAUCAGAGUGUCCGAAUGGCUUAGAGGUCUACCUUCACGCCCUCCAACUCCUCACCACCAUAGAUGAGGGCAUUCAGACUUUUGCUGCACCUGAUGGACCCGGCAAUGCAGUGUGGGAAUUUGUCAGUGACGUUGUGUGUGAGGAUCUCUGCCAGCCAACGGAUCUUCCUGUUGUCCUGCAGGAGCAAAAGAGCAUCCUAAUUCAGGCAUUUGCUGUGCUCCAGGCUCUGUAUAGAUGCCAGGAGCAGUGGCGCGACAGAAGUGACAUAAGUAUUACCCUAAUCGGAACUAUUUUGCGGGUGCUUCAGUACCAAAGUGAGGGCAAUGACCCUACCAGCAAAGACACUCCAAAAGACGAACAGCUCCAGACUCUAGCAGAGAUCACAGCUGAGUUUCUAGCUGACAUCUGCAUUCAGAUUCCCCAGGAUACCGUGGAAGAUUUGGUGAAGGAAGGUCAUCUUACAGAGAAGACUGCUCUCUCAGCUGCAGGCAGUUUGGGUCCCAACUUUAUGACUUCAUUUCAGCACCUGCAGGCCAUGCUGUCUCACGUUGAUCCCCAAAUGGCAGACGUGGUGAGGCAACAGUUUCCUGUCUAAGGCAGAUCAGUGUUCAGCACUCGUCCAGACUCAUCGCUGCUUUUUAUAGAUGCCUCUAUUUCCAACAAAAGAUCCUGUUUCAGCUCGUACUAUUUGGAUUUCCACUGGAAAGACUAAACCAGGAUGUCCCACAGGGUCAGAGACAUCAUGAGAGGCGGACAGUGUUACAAAAACUGUAUCUCUUUUUCUUUUGUGCAAAAUUCAAUUGUGUUUCUGUUGAAAGUGUUUUACUGUUCUUUGAAUGCUAUUUUUGUAUGAAAUAAAUGACAGUCUUUUAAUCAAA